AUGCAUAAACCAUCGCUAAAGCAUUAUCAUUUACCAACAAAAUCGUCGCUAUCCACUGCUACAGCCUCAUCCAAAUCAUGCAAUUCGUCGCAAUUACCGCUGUCCAUCGAUACAACAACGCAUGCUGUCCAUCGUGAAUGCAUCCUGUUUCCCACCUAUGCGUUCAGAGACCCUUCCAACAUUGACCAAUGGAUUGUCCGCACCAAAGGAUGGGCAUUAUCCAUGAAAAAACCAGGUCCGAAACAGAGAGUCUUGAAAGGUAUCACAAAGAGUGUUGCUGGAAAAGGGUCUGCUACUCACGAGCAUGCCAACAAAAUGUUUGAGAGUCGCUUCAAGUACUUUAUGGCUAAAGGUAAACGCAACAAGAGAAUCCAAGUGGAGGCCAUUGGAGCGGCUACCAAUGCAGAAUGGAUUCAGCUUGGAAACAAUCCUAGCUUACAGUCGCCACUGACACCACCACCAUCCUCAUCAUCCACUCCGCACAAUAACCUUGAGGAUGUUCAGCUGCAGAAACAGACGUCUUUGCAAUGGCAAAAAAUCUAUGAUGCAACAAAAAAGUAUGCAGAUUCACCUGCCACUGUCAUACAUAAUCAUGACGAUAAUGAUGUGAACCCCCCGCCCAUCUUUCUUGAUACACCUCAUGCCCCUACAUCAAUGGCUUCCAAUACCGACCACCAAAUCAGUAGUGAUGAAGAUGACGACGAAGAAGGGGACAGCAGUUGUGAUGAAAUGGCUUCUCCUUUGAGUGAAAAUGGCACGAUAUUGAAAUCGGCAGGUGCUGGCGUCUUUCAAGGUGAAUUUUGCAUUUCAGGUCAACAAGUGGAGAAAUGGAUUCGAGAUAGCAACCAUGCAUCGUCUGAAGAACAAGAUGAAGAGCGAAUGAUCAAGAUCCGAUCCUGCUCUAAAAGAGAUGGUCAUCAUACCACCACCAAGAAGGAUUUCUUUUUUCCUCCUAGUUACGGUAUUGUGCAAUUAAUUGAACCCUACGGCGUCUCUGUGAUCAGCGAUAUUGAUGAUACCAUCAAAGACACGCGCAUACUAUCAGGCGCUCGCACUGUGCUAUCCAAUACGUUUUUCAAUCCAACGCGUGCUAUUCCAGGCAUGGCAGAUGCAUAUUUGCAGUGGUACAACCAGGGCGCAUCCUAUCACUAUGUCUCCAACAGUCCAUUUCAACUAGUGCACAUGCUACAUCAAUUUAUCAACAGCCACCAUUUCCCACCAGGCAGCUUUCACUUGCGUCCAAGCACUGGCAUCAUCUCCAAGUUGGUACAGGAAUCAGGUCGUUCAAAACGAGAGUCCAUAUGCAAGAUUCUACGAGAUUUUCCACACCGCAAAUUUGUGCUUGUAGGUGAUUCAGGUGAAAUUGACCUAGAGAUUUAUACAAGGAUUGCCGCAGAUUUUCCAGGCCAAAUCAUCAAGAUAUUUAUCAGAGACAUCACUACACACCAGCAUCAUCAUUAUCCUACUACACAAGAGCAAAAGCAGCGUCGCAUCAACAAUAAAAGAAGUGCGACACUUCCUGCGUUCUUUAGUUCCAACUUUGCCUCGUCACAUAAAACUGAAUCUACGCCAAAUCUCUCAUCGACGAUACAUCAGGAUGACCAGAGGAUUCCCAACACAGACUAUGAUGAUGACGAAGACAACGACGAGGAAGAUGAGGAACUGCAGGAUACGGCGACAAAGCUGGCGGAGCUCGUGUUGGAACCUUCCUUGACAGGCCAUCAGCCAUUGCAUAUGGAAACACACUUACAAACAGCAGCAGCAGCAGAUGAGGAUCUUCCAGAGGGGCUACAGCAACAACAUUAUCAUCAGCAUCAACAACCUCCUUCACAGAGCUUAAUCCAGUUAUUCUCAAGGCUAGCUAUAGCAAGAAGAUUGGUCAAGGGGAUUGAUGUGGUGCUGUUCAAGGAAUCCAAAGAGCUGUAUCAAGAUGAGCAAGUAAAACUUGCUCUAGCUAGAUACAAAAACUCAAAACAGAAGCAAUAUUAA